AUGAACUCUGAAAGCGAAAUUGUUCAUAUUACUUCACGAGUUCUUAAGGAAUUAAGUUCCAACCAGUCAAAAACAUCAUCUAUGCCCCAUCCAAAAAUGGAUGGAAAGGUGACUCAAGUAAUAGGAAUGAUAGUGGAGGAAUGUAUUGACAACAGCCUACGAGCAGGAGUGCAAAGAAUGCUAACUAGAGAAUCAUCUGAGGUGAAGGCAGCAGAUAUCUCGAACUAUGUAAAAUCAAACUACGGGAUUUCCAAUAAAUGUAUCAACAAAUAA